CCUGUACUUGGAAAAAGUUUGAAUCAAACCCGCCUCCGCCUCCGCGUCGCCGCCGCGCGUCCUCAUCAGCUCCGAAGAAGAAACCCUAGCCGCCACGACAAAACGCCAUCUCCGUCGCUGGAAGAGAUACUGAAGAAGCGGAGGAACCGGGAGGGGGGAGAUUCGAAGCGUCCAAUUAAGUUUUUGCGUCUCAUCUCUUCUCCCUCAUCACUGCUUCUAGAAGUCCGUCUUACUCUUUCUAGAACUUUCCGAUGAAUCCUUCUUCGAAAUCGCUGAGCCAUGGAUGUCGAGCAAUUAAGGUUUCACUUAACGCGUAAACACUGCUCGAUGAAAUGCCUUUAAAGGAAACAUCGUUUCGUGCUCCCAUCUCUUGCUCUAUUAAGAUUGUUCAUGAAGAGUUUAUCUUCAAUCAUCAAUAUAUAUGCAACUGGAGCAAAGCUGGUAGUUCGAAGGGCAUUCAGAUAUUAUUCAUCUAGGAAUUUUGCAUUAACAUCAACAUCUCAGUUGGAGGACUCUUGCCUAGUGUCUGAAGACUCUGAUUCUGCCAAGGAUACUAAGUCGCCGAAGGCUAACUGCAAUUCAUGCGAGCGUAGAGAACGGGAUGAACUUUCUUUUGACAAAAAGGAUGGGGAUGAGGUUGCAGAAAGGGAUUUCUUGUUUCUCACUAAUCAAAAGGCAAAGGUUCGUGAAGUAGGAAGAAUAACAAGAGUACUUAAAAAUCGUGGAUGGGAUUUGACGUCUCCAAAUGGGUACAGGGUGAAACUGAGCGAGGUCAAUAUCAUAAGGAUUAUGGAUGAUUUGUUUGAGGAGAGUUCUGAUGCCGAACUUGCUUUAUACUUCUUUACGUGGUCAGAGUCCCGCAUUGGAUCAAAGCAUACCGUGCGAUCAGUUUGUAGAAUGAUACAUAUUUUAGCUUCUGGGAACAUGAAACAUAGGGCGAUGGAUCUGAUACUACAUCUUGUAAGACGCUAUAAGGAGGAGGAAUCUUACAGUUUUCUGCUGGAAGUCCUGUAUGAAACCCACACCGAAAGAAUGAUUUUUGAGAUUGUAUGUAGCAUGCUUGUUAAUUGCUAUAUUAAAGAGAAAUGUUUAAAUGCGGCUCUCAAGUUAACAUGUCAACUGAAGCAGCAUAACAUAUUUCCUUCAGAUAGGGUUUCCAAUGCAAUGCUGAGGGAAUUAAUAGGAUCAAAGCAGUUGGAGUUGGCAUGGGACUGGUUAGAAAUCAUCCAAAGCAGAGGAAUGGGUCUAAAUGCUUCUACAAUUAGCUUAUUCAUUCAUUACUAUUGUAAGGAAGGUAACUUUGAAAGCGGUUGGAAGUUGCUUUGCCGAAUGCGAGACUAUGGGGUUAAACCUGAUGUUAUUUCAUAUACUAUCAUCAUUGAUGCACUCUGCAAAAUGUCUUGUCCAAUUGAAGCGACCUCCUUAGUGUUUAAGAUGACUCAGUUGGGUAUCUCUCCAGAUGCAGUGUGUGUUAGUUCAAUUGUAGAUGGUUACAGUAAAGUAGGACGUAUAGAUCAAGCACUUAAAAUAUUGAAGAUUUUUAAUUUUCCACAGAAUAUUUAUACGUACAAUAGCUUUAUUUCUAAGUUAUGUUUGGAUUGUAACAUGGUUAAGGCAUCUUCGCUAUUCCAUCAGAUGAUUGAGUUGGGCUUGUUGCCAGAUUGUUUUAGCUACACUACUAUAAUUGGGGGAUACUGUAAAGUGGGAGACUCCCAGAGAGCUUUUCAAUAUCUUGGAAGAAUGUUGAAAGUUGGAGUUAAACCAUCUGUUGCCACGUAUACGGUGCUCAUUGACACUUGUUGCAAAUGUGGAAACAUGGAAAUGGCAGAAUGCUUGUUUUGGAAAUUGAUUGCAGAUGAUUUGAUGCCCGACGUUGUUGUUUAUAACUCUUUAAUGGAUGGAUAUGGAGAGAAAGGACACUUACAAAAGGUUUUCGAGCUUUUCGAUAUGAUGAAAUCUUCCAAUGUCUGUCCCGAUGUUGUAACCUAUAACACUCUCAUCCAUAGUCUAGUGAUGAGAGGAUUUGUGAAUGAAGCUGAAGAUGUUUUUGAUGAGCUCACAGAAAGAGGUUUCUGCCCAGAUGUAGUGACAUUCACUACUUUGAUAGAUGGGUUCUCAAAAAAGGGAAAUUUUGAAGAAGCCUUUCUGGUGUGGUUCUACAUGAGUGAGCACCGCGUGGAGCCUGAUGUUGUGACUUGCAGUGCCAUUCUCAAUGGAUACUGCAGGCGGCAUCGUAUGGAAGAAGCCAAAGCAUUGUUCCAAAAGAUGCUUAACAUUGGAUUAAAACCUGACUUGAGACUGUACAACAAUCUGAUUUAUGGUUUUUGUAGUGUUGGAAAUAUGGACGACGCGUGUGACUUGAUUAGUAGGAUGGUGGAACAUGAUAAUCUUCCAAAUAAGUUAACACAUCGAGCACUUGUUCUUGGAUUCGAAAAGAAGAGGGCCAAGAAUCCUGUAGAAAGUGCAGAUUUUAAGUUGCAAGAAAUACUGCUGAGAUAUGGUGUUCAUGUAGUAGUCAACUAGUAUUUAAGAUGAUAGAGCUACCAGGAAGCUAGAAAGCUACGUCUGGUAAAUUGUGUUAUCAUUGUUGUAAGGUGAUGUAUCCUCUAACUGUAUCUUAUCACUUUCUUUUCUGGGCAAUUCAUGUAUUCAUAUGUCUGUUUAACAAAAUAACUGAUUCCAGGUAGUUAAUAUGUUUCACUCUCA